AUGGACGGCCUUUUCAAAUGUAACAAUAUGAUGGAGGCACUCCGCAUUGCCACAGAGUGUACAUCCAGAAUAAAUGACGGAGAAAUUGUCGAUUUAAUCAAAGAUAAGCUUCGAAGUGGAGUUCGGCAGAGUUGCUUUACCAUGGAGUCGAUAUGUGCAUUAAUGGAAGUACUAACGCAGAGAUCCGGACGGGUGGAUGAUAUGAAGCCGGUUUAUGAUUAUUUUCACGGCAUAGGAGAAUCGGCAGUGGUCUAUUUGUCAGUUUGUCUGGUUUUGAUGGCACAACUAGCAUUUGAGAAAGAGCACGACAUACCGAGGGCAAGCUCUAUACUUUCCAGUGUGAAUCCGUUGCAGUUGGAAAAAUCACCUUCUGUUUUUCUUGUGCGUUGCUAUUUGCUCAAGUCCAGCACUACAGAUGGCUCAGAUCUCACUCAGAAAGCACGGCUGCUCGAUAAAGGACUUGAGCACUUUAAGGCAUCCAAGCAUGGAAUGUCUGCAAACCAGCGGAAUCGGCUAAUGUUCAAGCUACUAUAUCAGCGUUGUAAAGUGUUUCAGGAUGGGCAGCGGCUGGUUGACUGCCUGAAUGAGUCUCUUCGCAUUCUCAAACUGUACUCAAGCUAUCCAGAGUACUUCAGUACGAGCCAGCAGUUUUUGGACAACCUGCACAGCUUGGUCCACCUGUUUUUGUGCAUUCCAUACUGCCUGGCGAAGGUACGUGCUCUCCAGGAGUUUGGCAGGUUGAUUUGUCCAUGUAGCGAAAGUGGGGAUAGCGGGGAACUACAGACAUGGCUAAAAGAUGCAAUGAAGCCGGAAAUAAUGCGAAAUGUGAUAUGCAGCAUGGCACUUUCGAAAGUGAUACGCAUGGAUUCGGCAGAUUUGGACAGGAUUCUUCAUUGCAAGUACCCUGAGCAGAAGCAGUACUUGCAGAUCCGGAAGAACUUGCUUGUGUCGAACAUAGUGGUUAUGUCGAAGAACUUCAAGUCGGUGAAGAUUUCGACAAUGUGUGAGCUCAUGGGUAUGGAGGGAGAGGAGGCGGCAGUUGAGGAAUUGCUGGUUGACAUGAUACUGAAUGUGAUUAUCCGUGCACAAAUAGACGAUGCAACGGGUGCAGUUCGAUUUGAAAGUAAUGGUAAGAGCGUGAACUGGAAGGUUAAGGUGGCUGAUGCACUUGUUGAAGUGAAUAACGUUUAUAGGGAUGUAAAGUAA